UCUGGAGGCCGCGGCGGAGGAAUAUCUCCGUCUGUGCUUCGGUUCUCGCUGAGACAAGGUUUCUGCGUCCGCGUCUCUUUCCCUCGCUCGGACGCUUCGACCUCGGCUUCUCGGUUGGCUUCUCUCCCUCGUGUGAGGGGCUGCUCUUCCUCAGCCUCGCGAAUAAAGGCUGCUUGAGAGAGCUGCGCGGUGCGAAAACAAAGAGUCCCCGCUAAACGGCCUUCCUGCACGCCCCCCUCCCCCUGACGGUAGAUUCCUUUCUGUACAAAUCUGCCCCGUUUCAGUUGAUAAAAGGGCACGAUAACGCCCCUCUCUCUCUUCGCAGGUGAACAUUUAGACCUAACCCGUGUCGUGGCCGAGGGUCUCCAAAAAUCUCCCUCCCGUGGAUUUAUAGCCUCCCAAUUCCUAACGUUGCUGCCAGCUCGAGAAGCAAAAGCAACCCGGCCUCGCUUAAGCCGUCUGUUGGCGGCCCAUAAUGGCUAAGCUGCUACGCUGCAAGCUACAAAGCAUGCUCGAGCUAUUUAUUUAUUGAAAUUUUAAUUAUUGAUUGAAUUUAUUUUCCUCCUUGAGGAGACCAGUUGCGGCAGGCACAAGUUCGAAAACAAAGCUUAAAGCCACAUAAAAUAUCCCGAAAUCCAUUGCCAUUGAAAAUGUCUUCAAAAAAGCAGCCACGGUUAAAAAGAUUCUUCCGUCCAACGACCUUGGGGUACACACAGAAGUGACCUUAUAAUCUAUUUUUCCUGGAUAAGAACACACCUGUGGAACCAAGUUCUGAUUGUCAAAGAACUUACCUGUGUGUGAUGAUGGAGGAUAUUUAUUACAAGUCACUUGAAAAUGAAGCAGUUGGACAGUUAACUGCAUUCUUGUCGAGAGAAACAAUGCCACAGGACAGCAUUGGCGUCAGCGGCAAGAAUAUCACCCUGAAUGCAGGCCAGUGCUCCGAAGAACAUGUUCUGAAAUGCACAUUCAAGGCCUGUGAUCCAGAACAAACAGGAGAGGUGUCUGUCUUCCGAAUCAUUGAAUACUUGCAGGAGAUGACAGGGCAGAACUGUGAAGACUGGAGGUUUCGGUCUCUAUAUAAGAGGUUGGACCCUCAAGAGAGAGGGAUUGCUGUUGAUUUUUCUACCUUCUGUGCAGUUAUGAAAGAUUGGAUCGCAGACUGUCGACAAGAGGGGGAAGAUGCUGUAGACCUAACAAACAGCAUCCAAGAUCUGCAACAUGGCAACAAGCAGCUAGCAGUGCAGAACAUCAAGCUGCAAAAGACUAUUGAGGCUGCAGAAGAGCUCAACUCAAGACUCUCUGAGGAGAUAUGUGACCUGAAGGGGAAGCUGAGAGGCACCCAGCCAGCCUUGGAACAAGCUAGGGUCAUGGCAAAUGAAUUAGAGGAUCUGAAGGUUUUCUCAAAAAGUCUGGAAGAAGAAAAUAGUAAACUGCACACACAAGCCCGACAGCUGGUAAAAGAGCAGCAGUUCCUUUCUGUUCAAUUGGAUAAAGUGCAGGAGAUGAACAAGAAACUGCUUCUGGAGAAAGAAAGCUCAAAGUGUAAAAUCAAAGACCUGUUUACAAAGAAGGCUAAAAUGAAGUCCCAGAUCUCUGAAUAUGAAAACCUUAUCUCCUGCAAAGAUGCUGCCCUAAAUGAGAAAACAAAACACGCUGAAGAACUAACAGUCACCUUGGAUGAAUACAGAAUGGUAGUACAGGAACUGAAACUGGAGGUUAGCAGACUUCAAGAACACCUGUCCCAAUCCUAUCAGGACCAAUAUGUGCUGCCAGGAGAUUUCCUAGAAAAUGUGAAGACCUGCUCACAGGUCCCUGCACAGCCACUCUGGAUGGAAAUUGAAGAAUCACAGAGACAGCAGUUUGGCGAGGAGGCUGAUUUGCCUAGUCCUUUGUGUGGGAUGUUGACAUCUUUGGUGACAGAUCCACUGGCUUCAGGUGACAUUGGAUCUUUGGCAGAAAGGGCUGUGUAUUCUACCUUUCCAGAAACCACACUGCUCAGCUCAGCAGAAUCAGAUUCUACAACAGCCUCUCAGGAACAAGCCUUAGUCCCAGUGUGUGGCGAGCUAAUCCCAACUGUUAGGGAGAAGUCAGAUGAAAACUUGUUUGAAAUCCUGCUUCAAAGGUUUCUUGUCUCAUCCAGCUGCCUGUUACUGCACAUCCUUUGGAAUCUGGUUCUUCUAGGGCUCCCUGCAUUCAUUGCACUGCUUGCAGUGUCCUUCUUAGUGCUACCGUUCAACCAACAACCUGCCUGGGCUGAAUCCAAGGGAUGCUCUUGGCCUCAGUUGCAACUGCAGUACCUACAGCCACCACCUACCUAACACCAUUCCUUUUCCUAGUUUGUGGAGAGAAAAGGAAGCUGCUAAGAAGUCCUGAUGCAAGACAGAUAAAAGAACCUGUAAAAAAUAAACUGAGCGAACCACU